AUGGGUACUGAAGGCGUCGACGCAUCACAAGUCAAGAUGGGUAUACCUAAGACAGGAGGUUGCUGCACCAAGAAUGUUAUCCUCUGCAGUGUCGGCUUCAUCUUCGUCAUCCUCAACCUAGCAGCUUUGUGGGCACUGCACUUUGCCGACCGGCCGGUGACCAAGGGAAGUCUACGAGCGGUGACUCGCUUCAGCACCAACCAGCUCUCCGCAACUGACGGGUCAACCCCUUCUGUAGGUGACGCUGUCAGCUUCAACACCAACAACGUCAUACGCGCUGGCGCCGGAACUACCGCUUAUCUGAAUAAGUUUACACUUGGAACUGACCUUGCUGACAUACUCUACGUCUACUUUGCUCCGAUGGGGACGUCCAACGCUUACUACUCCACGAACGUGAUGAGCUAUGUCCGCACCAAAACCGUCGGCUCAAGUAGCACUACCGACUCAGCUAUCACGACCUUGUCGUACAAUGCCAGUAGCAAGUCACUCGAAGCAGGGGAGGCGAUUGUAGUGGCGAACAACGUCCGUGGUCUGGCCACGCUUUCAGACACGUUGAUGACUGUCCUCACUGUUGACACAGAUUAUGUGGUGUCGGUAUUCCCUGCCACGCUUGAUGGUGCUGCCGGUUCUGUCACGGCUAACCAGGCCAAGGCCAAGGAAAUCACGAAAGGUUCCGUCACCAACUUUAUCGCCCUUCUCUCCAGCUCCUCCUUCGUCGUGGCAUAUUACGAGAAAUACGAUGCCUCGGGAUACUGGCAAAGUGCUCGAGUGGGGACUGUCGGAUCUGAUGGCACGAUCACUUUGUCAACAGCGGCUAAAACCUUCGGUGUCAAGAACGAUGCCGACAUCGAGAACCAAUUUGGAGCUCCACUGGCUCUAAAGGGCCUUGGAGCGGAUUCUGGGUUUGUCAUUCCGUACUACACACAGCUUAACACCUUUUCUAGUACAACCAAGACAAAUGCCGAUCUUAGUGGACUAUGCGUUAGCUCCGCCACGUUUGCGAGCAAUGCGCAGUCGGCGUUCACGAGUGUCUGUAACACUGCGUACCGGCCGAGUCACUAUCCGGAAUCGGUGGCUCUUAGCGAUAACGCCAUGGCUAUCGUUUUCCACGAUAAAGCAAACAACAACGCGUUGACAGUGGCUACCCUGAGCGUAUCCUCCGACAAAACCAUGCACUUCCGCAGCAGCUACGUCUUCCCGGAGGUUAGUGGAGAUUUUGUCUUUUACAGCUCAUUCACCACGCCCCGACCGCGAGUCUUGACGGGUAACCGCCUGGCCGUAAGCUUCCUCAAUCCAACGCUGAAUGGCAGGCUUAGUGUUCGCGUUCUCAGCUUCUCGCCUUCGACUCUAUCUCUAAAUGAGCUCACACCGGUGCUUCCAGUCGCACCGUCAACCUUUACGCUGUUCUUUUCAAAUUCCAACAGCAAGUACAAGUCCAUUGUGCACGACAUGCUGCCUGUGGGGGCUGAUGGGUUCGUCACCGCCUAUGUGGGCAAGCGCGACGACAUUUUGCAUCAGAAUUUCGCAGUGAUCGAAACAUUCGGAAGCCCCAUCGGUAUCGUCCAGUCGACUUCUAAUGGCAAGUCAAGUAUUGCUAUGCAAGGCAACGCUGAAGUCGACGGUCUUAGUGCUGGCGUGAUGCACUACGCCACGACUUCGGGGACAGUGGUGGCUCCAGAUAGCAAAUCCACGGAUUUGAACUCGGCUGAGUACUUUUACACCGCGGAGGACACGAUGCUCGUCACGACGGAUUCUCGUGUGGGUUUGGCCAUUGACGAUGACACUCUUUUCAUCUCGACCUCCUUUUAA